CGGGACGGGGCGCCGCCCUCCCCCGUGUUGCCUUGGGACCAUCCGCUGGACCCCGCAGACUUCGACGGGCUGUUCAUCAGCAACGGCCCUGGGGACCCACAGCUCUGUCAGGAGACAGUGUCCAACCUGCGCCGGGUGCUCGAUGCACCCCAGCCCAAGCCCAUCUUCGGAAUCUGCCUGGGCCACCAGCUGCUCUCCCUGGCCCUCGGCGCCCGCACCUACAAGAUGAAGUAUGGGAACCGUGGGCACAACCAGCCGUGCCUGCAUGAGGACACGCGGCGCUGCUUCAUCACGGCACAGAACCACGGCUUCGCAGUGGAGGUGGGCAGCCUGCCGCCCGGCUGGGCCGCGCUCUUCACCAACGCCAAUGACGGCUCCAACGAGGGCCUCAUCCACGAGCACAAGCCCUUCUUCAGUGUCCAGUUUCACCCUGAGCACCGUGCCGGCCCCACGGACCUGGAGGGGCUCUUCGACAUCUUCGUGGCGGCAGCGCGGGACCUGCAGAGGGGAGAGGGCAGCGCCCGCACAGGUGAUGUGACCUGUCCCCCUCCCGUGCGGGAGCGCCUGCGGGACUGGCUGACCUAUGACAAGGCGCCGGCGGGGGGCCAGGAUGCGGCCCGGCCCCGCAAGGUGCUGAUCCUGGGCUCCGGCGGCCUCUCCAUUGGGCAGGCAGGCGAGUUUGACUACUCGGGGUCGCAGGCCAUCAAAGCGCUGAAGGAGGAGAACAUCCAGACGGUGCUGAUCAACCCCAACAUCGCCACGGUGCAGACAUCCAAGGGGCUGGCGGACAAGGUCUACUUCCUCCCCAUCACCCCUGAGUACGUCACCCAGGUGAUCCGGAAUGAGCGCCCCGACGGGGUGCUGCUGACCUUCGGGGGACAGACGGCCCUCAACUGCGGCGUGGAGCUCACCAAGGCGGGCGUGCUGGAGCGGUACCGCGUGCGGGUGCUUGGCACGCCGGUCGCCUCCAUCGAGAUGACAGAGGAUCGCAAGGUCUUCGUGGAGAAGAUGGAGGAGAUUGGGGAGCAUGUGGCACCCAGCGAGGCUGCUGCCUCCCUGGAGCAGGCACAGGCAGCAGCCGAGCGGUUGGGGUACCCAGUGCUGGUGCGCUCCGCCUAUGCCCUUGGGGGCCUGGGCUCUGGCUUUGCCAACACCCGGGAGGAACUGGUGGCAUUGGUGAGCCAGGCCUUCACCCACACCUCCCAGGUUCUGGUGGACAAGUCCCUGAAGGGCUGGAAGGAGAUCGAGUACGAGGUGGUGCGAGACGCCUACAACAACUGUGUCACGGUGUGCAACAUGGAGAACCUGGACCCGCUGGGGAUCCACACGGGCGAGUCCAUCGUGGUGGCGCCCAGCCAGACCCUUAACGACACCGAGUACUUCAUGCUGCGGCGCACGGCUGUGAAGGUGGUGCAGCACCUGGGUAUCGUGGGCGAGUGCAACAUCCAGUUUGCCCUGAACCCUGAGUCGGAGCAGUACUACAUCAUCGAGGUGAACGCCCGGCUUUCCCGCAGCUCAGCACUGGCCAGCAAGGCCACUGGCUACCCCCUGGCCUAUGUGGCUGCCAAGCUGGCCCUGGGCAUCCCCCUGCCCCUCCUCAGGAACUCCGUCACCAACUCCACCACAGCCAACUUUGAGCCCAGCCUGGACUACUGCGUGGUGAAGAUCCCGCGCUGGGACCUCAGCAAGUUCCUGCGUGUCAGCACCAAGAUCGGCAGCUCCAUGAAGAGUGUGGGGGAGGUCAUGGCCAUCGGGAGGAACUUCGAGGAGGCUUUCCAGAAGGCGCUGAGGAUGGUAGACGAGAACUGCGUGGGCUUUGACCAUACUGUGAAGCCGGUCUCGGACAUGGAGCUGGAAACACCAACGGACAAGCGGAUCUUUGUGCUGGCAGCUGCGCUGCGGGCCGGCUACUCCAUCGAGCGGCUAUAUGAGCUGACCAAGAUCGACCGCUGGUUCCUGCACAAGAUGAAGAACAUCACGGACCACGCGGUGCUGCUGGAGUCGUACCGUGAGGAGCAGAGCACCAUGCCACCCGCUGUGCUCAAGCGGGCCAAGGAGCUAGGCUUCUCCGACAAGCAGGUGGCCCUGGCUGUGCUCAGCACCGAGCUGGCCGUGCGGAAGAUGCGGCGCGACCUGAAGAUCCUGCCGGUGGUGAAGCAGAUCGACACCGUGGCAGCGGAGUGGCCAGCCCAAACCAACUACUUGUACCUGACCUACAACGGCACCGAGCAUGACCUGGCCUUCCGUGAGCCCCACGUCAUGGUCAUCGGCUCCGGCGUUUACCGCAUUGGCAGCAGUGUCGAGUUCGACUGGUGUGCCGUUGGCUGCAUCCAGGAGCUCCGCAAGAUGGGCUUCAAGACGAUCAUGGUGAACUACAACCCCGAGACAGUGAGCACCGACUACGACAUGUGCGACCGCCUCUACUUUGAUGAGAUCUCCUUUGAGGUGGUGAUGGACAUCUAUGAGCUGGAGAACCCUGAGGGCGUGAUCCUGUCCAUGGGCGGGCAGCUGCCCAACAACAUCGCCAUGGCCCUGCACCGGCAGCAGUGCCGCAUCCUGGGUACCUCCCCGGAGGCCAUCGACUCGGCUGAGAACCGCUUCAAGUUUUCCCGCCUGCUUGACUCCAUCGGCAUCAGCCAGCCCCUCUGGAAGGAGCUCUCUGACAUGGAGUCGGCCAAGCACUUCUGCUGCAAGGUGGGGUACCCCUGCGUCGUGCGUCCCUCCUAUGUGCUGAGCGGCGCCGCCAUGAACGUGGCCUACUCGGACAGCGACCUGGAGAAGUUCCUGAGCAAUGCCGUGGCCGUGUCCAAGGAGCAGCCCGUUGUCAUCUCCAAGUUCAUCCAGGAGGCCAAGGAGAUCGAUGUGGAUGCGGUGGCCUGCGAUGGCGUGGUGGUAGCCAUCGCCAUAUCGGAGCACGUGGAGAAUGCUGGGGUGCACUCAGGCGAUGCCACGCUGGUGACGCCCCCCCAGGACAUCACCCCCAAGACACUGGAGCGCAUCAAGGCCAUCGUCCACGCUGUCGGGCAGGAGCUGCAGGUCACUGGGCCCUUCAACCUGCAGCUAAUCGCCAAGGACGACCAGCUGAAGGUGAUCGAGUGCAACGUCCGCGUCUCCCGCUCCUUUCCCUUCGUCUCCAAGACCCUGGGGGUGGACCUGGUGGCUCUGGCCAGCCAGGUGAUCAUGGGUGAGGAUGUGGAGCCCGUGGGGCUGAUGACGGGCACGGGCAUCGUCGGCGUCAAGGUGCCCCAGUUCUCCUUCUCGCGCCUGGCGGGCGCUGAUGUGGUGCUGGGUGUGGAGAUGACCAGCACAGGUGAGGUGGCCUGCUUCGGGGAGAACCGCUGCGAGGCUUACCUGAAGGCCAUGCUCAGCACUGGCUUCAAGAUCCCCAAGAAGAACAUCCUGCUGACCAUUGGCAGCUACAAGAACAAGAGCGAGCUGCUGCCCACGGUGCGGACCCUGGAGAGCCUUGGCUACAAGCUGUACGCCAGCCUUGGCACCGCCGACUUCUACACCGAGCAUGGCAUCAAGGUGAUGGCCGUGGACUGGCACUUUGAGGAGGCAGACGGCAGUGAGGCUGGCGCCCGGGAGACCCAGCGCAGCAUCCUGGACUACUUGGCCGAGAACCACUUUGAGAUGGUCAUCAACCUCUCGAUGCGCAACUCGGGGGGCCGCCGGCUCUCCUCCUUCGUCACCAAGGGGUACCGCACCCGGCGCCUGGCCGUCGACUACUCUGUGCCGCUCAUCAUCGACAUCAAGUGCACCAAGCUCUUUGUGGAGGCACUGGGCCAGAUUGGGGCAGCCCCCCCGCUGAAGAUGCAUGUGGACUGCAUGACGUCCCAGAAGCUCAUCCGCCUGCCAGGCCUGAUCGACGUCCACGUCCACCUCCGUGAGCCAGGCGGCACCCACAAGGAGGACUUUGCAUCCGGCACAGCAGCCGCCCUGGCCGGGGGUGUCACCAUGGUGUGUGCCAUGCCCAACACCAGCCCCGCUGUCACCGACGCUGCCUCCUUCGCCCUGGCGCAGAAGCUGGCCGAGGCCGGGGCCCGCUGCGACUUCGCCCUCUUCCUGGGGGCUUCCUCGGAGAACGCUGGCUCCCUGGGCUCCCUGGCCGGGGCGGCCGCCGGGCUCAAGAUGUACCUGAACGACACCUUCUCCAGCCUGCGGAUGGACGACGUGUCGCUGUGGAUGGAGCACUUUGAGCAGUGGCCACGGCACCUGCCCAUUGUGGCGCACGCGGAGCGGCAGACGGUGGCCGCUGUCCUCAUGGUGGCCCAGCUGUACCAGCGCCCCGUGCACAUCUGCCACGUGGCCCGCAGGGAGGAGAUCCUCCUUAUCAAGGCAGCAAAGCAGAAGGGGAUCCCAGUGACAUGCGAGGUGGCCCCGCACCACCUCUUCCUGUGCCGGGACGACCUGGGGCGCCUCGGGGAGGGCCGAGCGGCCGUGCGGCCGAUGCUGGGCACCCGCCAGGAUGUGGAGGCGCUCUGGGAGAACAUGGACACCAUUGACUGCUUUGCCACGGACCACGCCCCCCACACGCUGGAGGAGAACCGGGGGCGGAGCCCCCCCCCCGGCUCCCCGGGCCGGGGGCCGUUGCUGCCGCUGCUGCUGACGGCUGUCUCUGAGGGGCGGCUUACCGUGGAGGACAUCAUCCAGCGCCUCUAUGAGAACCCCCGCAAGAUCUUUGGGCUGCCUGUGCAGGAGGACACCUAUGUGGAGGUGGACCUGGAGCACGAGUGGAUCAUCCCCAGUCACACGGCCUUCUCCAAGGCACGCUGGACGCCUUUCGAGGGCAUGAAGGUGAAGGGGACGGUGCGGAGGGUGGUCCUGCGCGGGGAGGUUGCCUACAUCGAUGGGCAGGUGCUGGUGCCCCCUGGCUAUGGGCAGGACGUGAAGAAAUGGCCCUCGGGAGCCGUGCUGGCGCCACACACGGCCCCCGCCAAGGAGAGCACGAAGUACUGCAAGUGCCAGGAGGGCUGUGCCGUGCUGGCAGCACCCUGGGAGAGCGGGGCCCCAGCCGAUGACGCUCGUGAAAAGGCUGGCAGGAAGGCAGUGGAGGCAGAUCCAGCUGCGAUCCAGGACAGCUACUUCUACCCACCGGGCCCCUUCCCGCGCCAGGCAUCCCCCCAGGGUGUGCCCCACUUCCAGACCUCCCCGCUGCUGCACCCCCUCGUUGGGCAGCACAUCCUCUCCGUCCAGCAGUUCUCCAAGGAGCAGAUGUCGCAUCUGUUCAACGUGGCACACACCUUGCGCAUGCUGGUGCAGAAGGAGCGGAGCCUGGACAUCCUCAAGGGCAAGGUGAUGGCGUCCAUGUUCUACGAGGUGAGCACGCGGACCAGCAGCUCCUUCGCGGCAGCCAUGAGCAGGCUGGGUGGCUCCGUCCUGUCCUUCUCGGAGGCCACCUCCUCGGUGCAGAAGGGCGAGUCGCUGGCCGACUCUGUGCAGACCAUGUGCUGCUACGCCGACGUGCUGGUGCUGCGGCACCCCCAGCCAGGCGCUGUUGAGCUGGCCGCCAAGCACUGUCGCAAGCCUGUGAUCAACGCUGGGGAUGGGGUGGGGGAGCACCCCACGCAGGCACUGCUGGACAUCUUCACCAUCCGUGAGGAGCUGGGCACCGUCAACGGCAUGACGAUCACCAUGGUGGGCGACCUGAAGCACGGGCGCACGGUGCACUCCCUGGCCUGCCUGCUCACCCAGUACCGCGUCAACCUGCGCUACGUCACCCCCCCCGGCCUCCGCAUGCCCCCUGACAUCACCAGCUUCGUGGCCUCCAAGGGCAUCAAACAGGAGGAGUUUGGGAGCAUCGAGGAGGCGCUGCCAGACACCGAUGUGCUCUACAUGACCCGCAUCCAGAAGGAGCGCUUCCGCCGGGCGGAGGAGUACGAGGCCUGCUUCGGGCAGUUCAUCCUCACGCCCCACAUCAUGACCCGGGCCAAGGAGAAGAUGGUGGUGAUGCACCCCCUGCCCCGCGUCAACGAGAUCAGCAGGGAGGAGGUGCUGCCAUUCCCCCAGGCCCGGCGGGGAGCAGGGCCCUGCCGUGUGUCCCACUGCGUGAAGGGCCCUGGCCCGCUCCAGGCUCGGAUCUGCGUCGGGGGCCUGUGCUGGAGGCAGGAGGGCUAA